GGUUUGCAUAAGAGAAUAAGCAAUAAAAAUACUGAUCAAACAUGCAAAUAUAAAUUGAUUGCUCAGUUUUGGGCUGUUUGCUAUAUUUCUUAGUCAUUCGAAGAGAUGCGUCAGCGUUUCGUGCUGAAGUUCAUUGUAGAUGAAAGAAGCGCUCGAUCUCAGUGACUCUACCUUUAUGCACGGUUCUAUACCUCUUUAGUUCCAGGAAUGCAUCAUACAAGAUGGCUGGAUGUCUUAUUUCCUCUGCAGGAAGAUGCCGUAGUGCUAGAAGCAUCUCCAUCCAAUGGCGCACGGGAUUCUCUGAGAGCACUUCUUCUCCUCACUCUGUUCGCACUUACAUUUGCUUCAGCCAUGCUUGCGACGGUUUUACGUGGCGAAUGGGCUAGAAAUCAUGUAGCAAGCUUCAUAUCUUGCAUCGGAGGUGGUGUAUUCCUUGCAACAUGUUUGUUGGAUCUCUUACCGGAGGCUCUCGAGUCAUAUGAGAAGGCCGAGUUUCAGUCAAAUUUUCCGGUCGCUGAAGCUGCGGUCGCAGGUGGACUGCUAAUGGUUUUAGCUAUAGAACAGAUUGUUCUAGAGAUGCAAGCUCAAGGAUAUCUUACCUCUGGCCAUUUCCACUCUCACUAUAAUGAUGAUGUGAGACAACCGCUCACACAUUCCGCUUCUACAACACAUGAGGAGGACACGAACCCUGCAUUGGGAGUCUGCCUCCUUGUUUUGGCCUUAUCAUUGCAUGCUUUAUUCGAAGGACUUUCCUUAGCUGUUAUUACGGAUGCUUCGAAAUUGUUAGAGGUAUUUGCAGCGCUUAUACUUCACAAAUGCAUCAUAGGCUUUAGUCUGGGCGUUCGGCUUGUUGAAAGCGGGUUGAAGACACUGUGGAUUGCGUUAUGUGCGUGUAUCUUCAGUAUACAGGUAUUGAUCGGUGGACUGGGGGGUAUGGAGAUCAUGUCAUUACUUUCCGGAGGUGAUCGAACAACAGCUGCGAUAGUUUCCACCAUUCUGCAAGGUAUAGCCUGCGGUACGUUUCUCUACAUAACAACAUUCGAAAUCCUUCCACAUGAGCUUGAGAAGAGGGGUAGCCGUUUGGUGAAACUUCUAUGCUUGUUUAUUGGUGUGUUCAUUGUCGUUGCUUUCAUGUUACUUUUUCCUGAUAUGGACUAAGCUGAUGAUCCUCAUCCAAAUUCGCCAUAUUUGUACAUACUUCUCUUUUGUGAGUUUCAAGUGUCGGUUUCUAGUUCGCGACUAGUCACAUUAUUACUUUCUUUUUUUCUAUCUUGCCCACAUCCAUGAAAUCAAUUUACAGCUAUUGUGCGUUCAGGCUGACUUGCACUUCUUUUCCGUUUUCUCUACGUGAUGCUUGAAACAGCAAUUUUCUGUAUUCGGUGGCCAUAGACUUAGUUACAUCAGAUCUCCGAUGUCUGUAAGCCGUGAGCAUUUUGAUUCGAUUUUCUGCAACUACAUCUGCUCAUAGUUUGCGCCUUUUGACUGCAUCUUUAACUGCUUUAUCGAUCACCUCUAAAUGUUACUUCGCUCUCCUGUGUGACCUGUGUUUCAGAGUUUUUUUUGAGCACUCUACCUGUGCCUUUAUUCGUAUUCGCAACUAUUUUCCACUUCGGUUCCAUUAUCAGGCAUAAUUUUCCAUCAUGCUUCACUUAUGUCACAUAUUUUACUAUACGACGUAGAUAAUUGCUCAGAUAGUUGCCAUAGCUGACGGGCGGGCACCGGAAUAUUGCAGCACGUUUUUGCAGUCCUUUUCCUGACUUUGGAU